AUGGGUGGUGGUGCAAGCAAGAAAAGACAACAAGAAGAACAAAAACAAAAAGAGGAACAAAGACGAAAAGAAGAACAAAAGCGAAUAGAGUCUGAACAACAACCAGAAGAUUCUGACCAAGAACAAGAAGAUUCUGACCAAGAACAAGAAGAUUCUGAACAAGAACAAAUAGGUUCUGAAUCAAAACGACAAGGUUCUAAACAGGAACGAAUAGGUUCUAAACCAAAACGACAAGGUUCUAAACAAAAACGAAAAGAUUCUGAACAAAAAUCAAAAACUCCGUCAGUUGAUGAAUUUGCAGACUAUGAACAUCAUACAGAUGAAGAUCAACAUGAACAACGAAACGAUAUUAGUGAUGAAGACGAUGAUAAUCCAACAUCAUCACCUGUUGACAAUCAGCAUAAUGAUUCGUUAAAACGAAGUCUACCUACGUCUCCAGUUUCUUCAAAGGGAAGCAAGGGGCACAAAACGGGUACUAAUACACCUAAAUCAGAUAGACAUGCAGAUGAAAAGAAUGUUGAUAACCUACACGAGCAACACAGUGGUACCUGUAUACACUGUCCACAUUGUAAACAAAUGACAGAGAAAAAAAAAGAGCCAAGUCCAGGAUUUUAUGUAAAGCGUCCAGUUCAUGGUGAUAUUAUAAUUAAAAUGGAUGAUUACGAUGAUGAAGCUGUUAGAGAGAAAAUUAUUUCAGAAAAGCGUCAUUAUCCAGGUUCUUAUGAUUAUCGACCUUAUCUUACAAUCGAAGAGACCGAUGAAAAGGAUAAUCGAAAAAAAAUUGAUUAUUAUACACAACAGUUUGUUACUCGAAAAGCAUCGGUUAUUUUACUUUCGCAUACUCCAUAUCCAGACUAUAAUGAUCUGCGACGUCGCGAACAACGUUUAAACAAACCGUAUGAACGAUCAUUGUUUGGUGACUAA